AUGAUAAUACUACAGAUUUUUUCAACUAUCAUCAUUGUUGUUAAUGCUGAAAAUCCCGACAAUAAUUCCAUAACAGAAUCAACUAAAGUUGAUUACAAUUCAUUAUGGUUACCGCGCACAUUCCGAAUCAUCUGCUGCCUGAAUGGAUAUCCGGUACCGCAGAACCCUGAGAUUAUUCGAAAUUGGACUCAUGAAGAAUCGGAUUACAUAAUUGACGAAAGUUAUAAUGAACAUAGCAUUUCUAGCAGUGUUGGAUCUCUAAAGGCAGGUGCAAUAAAUGAGAAGUUGAUUUCCAAAUGUCGCAUAUAUCGCGGCAGUUAUCUUCUGUCUGCUCCCUCAAUGUUCACUUUUGAUGCUUUUACCGGUAUCGGUAUAGUCUGUAAAUGUCCAGAAAUGCCAGGAAAUGAAUACUUAGAUCGAAACUGUAGGCGUCUUAAACCAUGCCUUAAUAAUGGCCAUCAUCGCCCGUUCGAUUCAAAUUCACAUUGCAUCUGUCCUGAGCCAUAUUUUGGUGAGCAAUGUGAGAAAUAUUGUGAUCAGGGCCAACGAAUGACAGGAGCAGAUGGUCGUGAUUAUUGCGCAUGUACACCAUUUUAUCAAGGUGAGGAAUGUCAAAAUAUAGUAUGUUUGAAUGGUGGCACUAAGAUACGACGUCAAUGCUUAUGUCCACCAAAUUUACUCGGUUAUCAUUGUGAAAUUGAUGCCAAUCAUACAUCGGUUAUGUUGCGAUUUCAUGGCUACCGAGAACAGGGUGUUUAUCAAAACAAUGAUCUCCUCACUCGAGAUAUAUCGAGUACAAUAUUCAGCCUUGUUAUGAUCGCUGUUCUCAUCCUUUCAAUGUAUUUGUUAAUGAAACAUCGAAUGCAGGUACAAAAUCGGUUUGCUGCUGUUCGACGUGAAGCAUUAGUCCGAUCAGGCAUUGAAAUUAAUUCACAUCUUAACAAUAUAAUAGUACCAGAAGAUCCGAGAGUUCUAUCAUUCAGAACCAUUACAUUUCCCAAUGAAGGACCUCCCCCUUAUGUUAUAAAUUCUCAGAGAGGGAGAUAUCAAGCAGAUAAUCUGCCAACAUUACCAACCUAUGAAGAUGCUACUAAGUUACCUCCAUUUAGGCCACAAAUGGAAGAAGAAAUUGUUAUAGGAGAGGAAGAACAGGUAAUUCAAAGUGAUGUUACAUUGCUAAAUGAAUUACAAAUUACUGAAAGAAUGACAGAAGUGGGCACUAAUGAUGAUGAAUCAUCAGCGGUACGUCCUUCAUUACAGCAUUCACCGGAAAGAGCUACCUCGGUACUCAGCGGAACAUCCAUAUAUAUGCAUAUUUCCACUACUGAUAAUAACUCUAUGUUUAGUAAGAAAUCUUUAAUAAGAAAAAGUAUAUGA